AUGGAGGGCGGGGAGGGUGAGCCACCACCCACGUCGAUGGGUGCCCGCCCAACGAGGGGUCGAGGCCGGGGUCGCGGUCAGUCAGCGGCAUCGGCCUUCAUCACCAAGUUCAAGGUGCGCAAGCAGACGGUGCAGCCCUCUGCCGGGAUCACCUCCGACGCUGCAGACAUCGAAGCGCAGGCGGAAGCCCUCCACGCUCGCUCAUCUUCUUCUACAACUACGACCACUCCUUCCGCCACUACGCCAUCAACAUCUUCUUCAGCUUUCUCGGCUCCCCCUUCUAUGGCUGCCGCUGCCGCUGCCGCGAGGGUCGUGCUGGGCUCGCAGCUGCCGACCGCGCCCAAGUCCUUCAUGGGCAAGGCCACCUUCAAGGUGGCCAAGCGCAAUGGGCAGCCCAUGUCGCACCACCAGCGCCAAACGACCGCACACCAGCGCCAAGCGCCCACCCGCACCAUCCCCAUCUCCCUCUCCAUCUCCGACGUCGCCACCGUCUCCUUCGUCCUCUACACGCUCGUCUUUGUCUUCUUCUACUACUUUGACUUCGACUUUUCCUUUUUCAUCGUUGGCUUCAUAUUCCUCCUCUCUCGCCAGCGCGCGGCUUCUCGUUGCUCGUCCUCCUCUUCACACAACGGCGGCCGGCCGCCGGCUUACGCCACGUCUUCGUUUGACUCGUCGGCUCUGCUGUCGAGCCCGCCGCCAUCGACUACGUCGUCUUCGCUCAGUUACGGAGAGUUCGCGUACGACGAGCACGUCGGACAGCCGCUGCCUCGACAGAACUUUGCGGCGCUGCUGCACGGCUCGCCGCACCCGAUCGGCGGCGGGCUCAUGCACCGCCGGUCGCCACCGACCAGCAGCGCCGCCGAGGGCGGAAGGAAAGCGAAGCGAAAGCGAAAGCGAAAAGAGGAAAGCGGCGGAGAAAGCGAAGCGGCAAGUAGAAGGGAGAAAGAGCGAAGAGGGUCAACGAAGGCGAUGGACGAGGUCACGGAGCAGAGUGACGACGGCCCUCGAGAGGAGGGCACAGCGAUGGAAGGGAAGCGCAUAGUACGCGACAUCCACGAUAGGGUUGAAGCGGAGGAGAACGAAGAGGAAGCGGAAGAGGAAGAGGAAGAGGGACAUGAAGACGAAGACGAAGGGGAGAGCGACAAGAUCGGGGUGUGGGACAGCCAAGCGCGCCUCUCCGCGGAGACUACCGCGCUUGUCCUCAUGGCCGCCUAUGAAAGGUAUGUGUUCCCGUUUACGCCGCUGCAUCCGCUGGUGAUGCACGAAGACAGCGUGCGCUUGUGCGUCAGCGAAGGCGACGAUUCGGCCAGCCCACUCACCAUCAACGUCAACAUGGCAUUGGCACUCGCUUGCAACGUGAUCGGGGACGUGCGGCGGGCCAACCAAUUUUACAACCGCGCGCGACAGAAGGUGGCGCCCUUCUUCGACACGAGCGACUACACCGUGGCCGAGUCCCUGGCCACCAUGGGCUAUUUCGCCUUCGGCCAGGGGGAUAUGGCACGAGUGUCCUACUACGUGGAUCUCGCGGCGUCGAUCUGUCGGGAAGUGGGCGCCUACAAUUCGGACACCUACACCAAGUGCAUGCUCGGCACGGCGCUGGACCCCAUGCGCUCCCUCGAGGAGAAGGAGCGCACCGUCGCCGACUACCACAAGAAGGUUGGCUCUCCCAAUUCCUUCACCAGCCAAGCGCCUUAUCCCAACGAACCCACCAAUUGCGUGCAGGCUGCGCUGUAUCCCUACUUCGAGCGUGAUCGGCUUCAUAUAUUGGAGGCGGCGCCCUCCUGCCUGGGCGGGGUCAAAGGCCCCGCCAAGGUCCAAUGCCUCAUUCUCACGCGGAUCGCCGGCAGAUGCCUGGGCGACUGUAUGGUGAUUCUGGCGGAGUUCGAGUCCCGGAAGCGUAUGAUGGCAACCGAGGGCUCGGAGGAGCUGAAGAGCUGGGAGCGGGAGAUUGAGCGGCUCAAGUGGCUGGACGAGGAAUCGCGCUACCCCGUGCCGCCCUUCUUCGACGCCCGCAGGCAUCGUGACUUUAUGUCCAGUAUGCGCAAGCUUGAAGAGACCUUGGACAAGCCUGAGUUGAUGGGGAAGUCGUUCGGUGAGACCGCAAUCGCCUUCCACAUGGUCCUCCGGGCCAAGUACGCCCUGCUUCUAUCCAAGGACAAAGAGAGCUUCGACUGGGCGUUGCGCUUCGUCGACGUGCUGCAGGAGAUCAACAUGAGCCCCGGUAACAUCCCCGCGUUCCAGCUCCUGCUCGACAUCCUGCUCGAGUUCCAGCGGCCAGACCUCGUCAAGCAGUGCCUCGAAAGCGUGGACUCGUGGGUGCGGCUGUACCCGUUCGCCCAGGGCAUUGCCCGUGUCUACGCCCAGCUGGCGCGUGACAUGGAGUCCGUCAUGCUCCUCAGCUUCGACACAAGCUCUUCCUCUUCGUCGUCGUCAUCUCCGCCCUCCUUCUCCCUUCGCACCGCCGCCAUUACGCCGUCGUUGCCGUCACCGUCGCAGUCGGCGUUGCCAUCGACUUCGGCUCCGGCUGCAGUCGUACGAGGAGCCGCGGCCGUGAGGGGGCACGAGCGACGCAGACAACGCCAACAACAACAAGAAGGCAUGCGCGAGCUUCAGAUGGAACAGGAGCGGAGGCGACAGGAACUGCUGCAGCUCGAGCCCUCAGCUGUGGUGGCACACUGUCGCCCGGUUUACGCCGUCGGCCCGCAGCCACAGCCACAGCCGCCACCGCCGCAGCCUUACGCGGAUCUGGCGCUUCUCGGCGCUUCGGCCGGCACGGUGACCUGGCCUCCGAUGCCGACCUCGGUGAUGAGAGGGCCGACGUCUACGACGCUGGAGGACGAGGCCGAGCGGUGGCUGAUGCAGGCCGAGCAGGACGCCACGGCCUACGCCGCACGCGGGCCGCCGCUGCCGAUACACCACCACCACCAGCAAAUCUACGCCCAGCAGCUGCGGCCGCCCAUGAUUGCCGCCGCCGAUCGGAUGAUGGGACUGAGCAUGCCCCUCGACAUCGGAACCGACGGUCGGACGCAGCAGCAGCCGCCACCGCAGAUGGCGGCCGCCGCGGCCAAUUCGUUCAUGCCGACAUCGCCCUCCUCAGCUGUCUUCUAUUCAUCUCUUGUUCCUCUUCAUCCUCCUCAUCCUCCAUCACCUUCAGCGCUCGUCCACAAGACAACCAGCAGGCGCGACAAUAAAUAA